GCCUGGAGUUUCCCGCGAGUUUGAGUUGCCGCCAAAAAAAAAACACCACCGUUUUGUUUUCCCUAAAAAUUGAAUGCACCUCUCACUAUAUCGCUCGGAUUCAUUCAUUCAAUCAAUCAGUCCAAAGCAAAAUCCCUAACUUUCCCUCUCUUCACCCUUCUAUGGCGUCUCGGAAAAUGAACGAGUACGAACGCCAGCGACUGGAGAACAUUCGCCGCAACGAUGAGAUGAUGGCCGCCCUCAAGCUCCAUUCCAAGGCCGCCUCCCUCCUCUCCAAGCGCCCGAGGGUUACGACCAAGUCGUACAGUGUCAAAUCUGAGAAGAAGCCCAAAGCCGAAACCGCAGUCGUCAUCCGCCGCUCCCUCCGCACCAGGGGUAUCCCGCCCGAUUCCAAAGGGCUCGAUGCAGAAACUCUAGAUUCACUUCCCGUGCUUCACAGUUCGGCCGCCAAAAUCGAACCUUCCUGCAAAACAUUGGGCCCUCUUCCUAUGAGUGAUGCAUAUGAAGGGGAAGACGAUUCUGAUCGGUCAUUCAUCGAAUCGAUUGUCGCCAUGGCAAAGAAGGAAGCCCGGGAAGGAGAGUUUGAUGGUAAGGAUGAACUUCGGGGUUCCUUAGAGCUGGAGUCUAUGGAUUUGAAUUCCGAGAACAUAGCAAGAAUUGUUCCUGGAAGGAUAACUGCAGUGCGGUUUUUCCCUUCCACUAGUGUGAAGAUGGUUGUGGCUGGUAACAAGUUUGGGAACCUUGGGUUCUGGGAUGUUGGAGAUGAUAAAGGGCGGAUUCAUUUAUACCAUCCUCAUCCUGCUCCUAUUUCUGAGAUAUUGGUUCAGCCAUAUUGCUUGUCCAAGAUCUAUACAAGUUGUUAUGAUGGAUUUCUUCGGCUUAUGGAUGCCGAGAAGGAAAUCUUUGAUUUGGUAUAUAGUAGUGAUGAGGCUAUAUAUAGUCUCCACCAACCAAAAAAUGAGGCUAACGGCCUAUAUUUUGGCGAGGGUCGUGGUGGUUUGGCUGUUUGGGAUAAUAGGAUGGGGAAAUGUUCGUCUCGCUGGAUUUUGCAUGAAGGUAGGAUUAAUACAAUAGAUUUCAAAUGUGAAAGCCCUUACGUUCUAGCUACUGGUUCUUCUGAUGGGACUGCUUGCACUUGGGAUUUGAGAUAUGCCAAUGGUGACAAAAUGACUGCCUUAAAGACUUUCACUCACAAAAGGGCUGUGCAGUCUGCUUACUUCUCUCCUUCUGGAUGUAGCCUGGCAACAACAAGCACGGAUAACACAAUCGGAAUAUAUAGUGGCGCUGACUUGGAGGAUGCAGCUUCUGUAUAUCAUGACAACCAGACUGGCAGAUGGCUUUCUUCUUUCAGAGCAAUAUGGGGUUGGGAUGACUCAUAUUUAUUCGUCGGAAAUAUGAAAAGAGGAGUUGAUGUUCUCUCAACAAGCCAAAGGAAAAUAGUUACUACUUUCCAGAGUGCACAUAUGUCUGCCAUUCCAUGUAGAUUUGAUGCACACCCAUAUGAGGUUGGAAUGCUUGCAGGAGCUACAAGUGGAGGGCAGGUCUAUAUUUGGACAUCACGCUAGGUUGUUUAUUCGCUGAUAACUGUGUUGUACACAACAAAAUAGAUCACUUUAGUGCGUUGUUUUCCAUCUUUUGGUAGUGUUAAUGUAAAUGUUAAAUGUGCUAAGUUUAUGCUAGACUUAACUGUAACAGUUUCUUUAUUUGUUCGUUCACCUUUUUAGUUUCUGUUACCAAGCAAACCAGGUUUUGAAUCUCUUUGAUUCUUGAAUGAUAGUUCUUUAGCCUUUUUAGUCUCUAUUACCAAUCAAUUAGUGGUCUUGG